AUGUGGAAAGGGGUGGACAGCGCGAGAACGGUACAAGGCGGGGAAGGGGUGGGAGAUCUAGAUGGUUCCCCCCAGGGGAAGGGCCUGGAUCCCCCUAGGGAGUUGUUGUGGGUAUGUUGUGGGUCUGUUGUGUUGUGGGGAAAUGGCGGGACGCUCCGUCGCUGCUUCGCAGCAAGGGGUCCCCAGGCAGGAUUACAUGGUGGUGUCCCCCCCACAGCCCCCCCGGGGGGACGCUCCCUGUCUUUUCCUCCCCCCCUGGACCCCUUCCCCCCCCCGGUGGUCAACCCCCGGCCGGGGGGCCCUGCAGUGAACAAGGCCGCCCCCCAGGGGAGAACUCGGGGCACCCCCCCCCCUUGUGGGUGUGGUUGGGGGGAAUGGAUGGGAGCGGGGGGCCAGGGGAGAGGGGUGGGGGGGUGGGGGAUGGGGUUGUGA